CGCUGAACCAAGAACUUCGGAUUCAAUCUCACAACGCAACACAUUCAAAUUCACUUGCAAUUGAGCUUUGCUACAAACUCUACAACUUUGCGACGCGAGAUCCAUAAUCCGAUUCUCGAAGUUCUUUUCGGAUGCCUUCUUCUCAAUGCCUCAUCCCGAACGCCCACCAUCCAAUGUUGGGCAAUACGCAGAUAAUCCGGAUCCUUACUACAGCAAUGAAGAUGUCGAGAUCCUCCACAACAUCGUCAAACUCGCGCAAGAGCUUCUUCCCAACCUCCCCGAGCGCGAAAGACUUCCUACAAAUGCUCUGUUUAAUGCUUAUUACGAUAUAUUGCCCCGCGCCGGCAUCAAUGCUGAUCACGAUAGUCGCUAUGCUCGAAUUCUAUUCAAGAUCGGAGGCCUGCGAGGUCCAGGAACGCUCUACGACAAGUUCGAAGAGAUACUCUCCAGAAUGGGAAUCGAGAUUCAGUUUGCCUCUGAAGCUAGCGACGAAGACAGCCACUUCGAAGACUCACAUACCGAAUCCUCGAUUAUAUCUACCAAUAUCCCCAGUGAAGAGGGAAACUUACCGGAGCGAGAAUCUGAGAUUCCAGAGAUUUCAGAACCUUCCGUCCAAGUCCCUGAUGUCGAGGGAAAUUCACAAUCGGAAACUUCAGAACUUUCCGUCGAAGUUCCCGAUAACGAGGGACAUUCAGACUCAGAAAUUACAGAGAUUUCAGAACCUUCCGUCAAAGUCCCAGAGACCGACGAAGAUUCAGAAUCUGAGAUCUCACAACCUUCCGUCCCAAUGCCAGAUCCUCAGGAGUUCGCCCGUGAGAUGGCCAGAGCAAAGUUACGACAAUGGAAGGAGAGAGCUUUGGAGCUCCAAAGGCGCCGAAAAGCAAUGGAACAAGUGGCGGUCGACCAUGAUAAGGAGGCCUUGUUACAGUCGGCCCUCGAUGCCUGGCGUGAUCGAGCAGAAGAAAAGCGUCGAGCAGCCGAGGCUCGAUUGGAAGAGGACCGUCGAGCUACAGAAGCUCGAAUGGAAGAGGAAAGCCAAUUUGCAGAGGCUCGAAUGGAAGAAGAACGUCAGGCCGCAGAAGCUCGAGUGGAAGAAGAGCAGGAAGCAGCUCGAGAGGAAUACUAUCGGAAGCUAGAAAUACGUGCCGGGAAGGCAAGAGAUCUACUUCUCAUGAAACGCGCCUUUUCAAUGUGGGCAGAUGCCAGCGACGAACUCAAAUGCCGAAUGGCUAAAAUCGGCGAGCUUGUUGCCAAGAAGAACUCUCAAAUGUCUACAGCUUACGAGGAAAUCGACAGGAGAGAAGUCUAUGAGGAGAGCCCUGACAUCGACCCCCAAAUACCCACAACUUACGAGGAUAACGACAGAAGGGAAGAGGAAGCCUAUGAGCAGAACCCCGACGUCGAUUCCGAAAUACCCAGAACUGGUGAUGAGAUUGGCGCGCUUGUAGACAGGAGGACUAUCUUAAGCGAGGCUUUGACAGUUUGGCGACAGAAUGCUCGAUAUCGGGAAAUGAAGAAACGGGUCGACGACCGUCUGAAGGCACAGGUACUACGAGCAUGGGUCCUUAAAGAGAGGGACAAACUGGCACAAAACAUUUUGCGAGGAAAACGACUUCGGAUGGCGAUGGAAGCCAUGAAGUCCAAACAGCAAGUCAUGACAGAACAGACACGAGAGCGAGAAGAAAUAGCUCGUUCAUUUGCAAUCCGAAGGUCACUGAAUCUUGUCUUACGCCAGUGGUAUUCACGCAUGGAAACACAGCAGCGUAAUGAAACUGCUGCGGUCGACUUCUACGCUCCUCGUCUCGCUGGUGGGGUGAUGACACAGUGGUCGAAUCAGACGCAACACAUUCAGCACUUAGAGCAACGUUCACAGGAUGCCAGGUAUUAUUUCUUGGCCUCGAGAACAUUGAAGAUAUGGAAGGCUGCGACGGAAGCUUCCAAACGCGAAAAGCGGAAGGCAGCAUAUAUUCAAGUGCGCCGAAACGCCAAGAUAAAUCUGGCGAGAGGGGUCCUGAAGAAAUGGCAGAGUAAGGUACAACCCAUCAUGAAACUCCAAGCCCAGGCACAGGAAAUUAGCGAAAACAAGACAGCCAUUCUUGCAGACGAGGUCUUCCAUCGUUGGCGAGGUCGAAAUGAAGAGUUAGCAGAGCUGGAAUCGAUAGCGCGGCAGCACGUCUUGAGGAAAUUCUUCAGGGUCUGGAAAGAACGGCUGAAAGCUUUGCAGGAAUUGAGCAUGGAAGCAACAAGGAAGUACCAGGAAGAGGAGCAAAGCAAAGUCCUGAAAAAAUGGAAUUUGCAGAUGCUCCAACAACGAGCACAAUUGCACUAUGCUGCGGAGAUCCAAGAAAGGAACGCGAAGCGGAACUUCAGGAAGAUGUUCGAAUAUUGGCGCGGAAAAGCAGCGGACAGGCCCCCAGAAAUGUCGGUUCCGCCUGGAAAGUCCAUCCCACUACGAAUGUCCAUCCCACCAGACAUAUCAGUCCCACCAGACAUAUCGAUCCCGCCAGGAAUGUCCAACCCACUCGGAAUGUCCAUCCCACCAGACAUAUCAGUCCCACCAGAUAUAUCGGUGCCGCCAGGAAUGUCCAUCCCACUAGGAAUGUCCAUCCCACCAGCAAUGUCCGUCCCACCAGACAUAUCGGUGCCGCCAGGAAUGUCCAUCCCACUAGGAAUGUCCAUCCCACCAGCAAUGUCCGUCCCACCAGACAUAUCGAUCCCGCCAGACAUAUCGGUCCCGCCAAACAUAGCCGUCCCAGGAUAUCUAGCAACACCGUCGAAGAAGGCUAGGGUGAGUGCAGCGGCCAUGAGGUACUCAACUUCGACUACACCAAAAGUAGCCUUAUCCACACCGAUUGAGAGGAGGCUCAGGGCCCAAUGGCAGUAAUGCAGUGUAAUGAAUAGUAUAGUUACGAUGAAUGAAUAAU